AUGAAGAUUGCUAUCACCGGAUGCAACGGGGGCGUAGGGAGACGUGUUGUGCUUUGGGUGCUGAAGGAAGGUCACACUGUAGUUGGCGUAGACUGUGUCAUUGCACAAGAUACCGACUUCUACGACAAUCCUGCCUUCUCUUUCCAUCCAGUGGACCUGAAGGAUUUUGAUACGACUUUGAAGGUUUUCGAGGGUUGUGAUGCAAUCAUCCAGUUGGCAGCUUUUGCACAACCGAUGGACUACAAGACCAAGGUGCAUAACGACAAUGUCGUAAUCACCUGGAAUGUCCUGCGUGCAGCGGCUGAGUUGGGAAUAAACCGUGUCGCACUGGCGUCCUCAGUCAAUGUCUUGCGUGGGGUGUACAGCACAGAGCCCAUCUUUCACUACUUUCCGAUAGAUGAGAAUCACCCAUGCGAACCUGACGAACCUUAUGGGCUUUCCAAAUUAAUUGCUGAGAUGCAAGCAAAUACUAUCGUCCGAAGAUACCCAUCCAUGCGAGUUGCAAGCAUUCGCAUCCACUGGGUUCGCCCUACGCGCGCACGUGCCUACAGACAGGAUCACUUCCGCGUCCGAGGUGACCUCUGGGGCUACGUCCAAAUGGACUCAGCAGCAGACGCCUUCCUGCGUGCAGUGACUGUGGAGAUGGACCAGUGGACAGGGCAUGAGACAUUUUUUAUUGCUGCGCCUCGGCUGGCCGCCGAUGAGGACUGGCUGGAACUGAAGGAGAAGUACUUCCCAGAUGUGCCGGUAAAACCUGGCUGGGUCGAGAGUGGCACGAAAGGUUUCUUCGACUGUAGUAAAGCUGAGCGCUUGCUUGGCUGGGUCCACACAGACUAUGCGUAA